AUGGCCAGCGGAAAGCCUAUGGCUCCGAGCAACACUACUCAGUUUCUGUUGGAGGAUAGGGAAGCACGAGCUGAACAGGGAUUAGAAGUAGAAUUGGCGUAUGAAGCAAGCGAACGACGGCGUGUCAGGUCUAUCAGCGUUUCAAGCGAGUUUAUGGCAGCAAGCGAAGGGGCUUCCUCAAGCGGAGAUAGUGAAACGGACAAGGAAAUGGAUCGGGAAUUUGAGGCUGAGUUCGAAGAGUACACAAUGGAUCGUCUUUCUAGGCUAAGCAAGGACGAGAUGACGAGAGAGAUAUUGGACAAGGAGAAGAAUGCAGAAGUUUAUCAAGAGAACAUGUCCAGAAUGCUAAAGGAGAAUCAACGGUUGAGGAAAAUGUUACAGGAUAAUGGCAUUCCCGUUGAUCAUAAUCAUACCUCACAACCAGCUGUCCCACAAUUAAGUUUUCAUCCUGAUUUCCAGACGGGAUGGGGCACAAGGGUGGUCGCGUUUGGCGCUUUCUCAACCAUUCCUCAGGAUAAUGCUGUAGCUUCGGGUCCUAAUUGGUCGGGUGGGGUUGUGUUCAUGUAUGUCUCUUCAUCCUCUUAUUAUAUUCUGUACAUUUGCAAUGGGUUUUGAAC